GGUGGAAGAAGAGAAUAAAGGUAGAGGGAGGGGAGGAAAAGUGGCGCCACGGCAAUUCCGGACUCAUCAACGUUCCCUACGGAGACUAUACGGAGUUAUCGCGCGAGGAUAGUAGGAUACCCGCGAGAAGUUGGCGCGCAAAGCAAAUUAAAAGAGAGUCCGGCGCGGUCGCGCGCGCACGUGUGUGUGAAAAUUCUUCUUCUCCUCUUGGCCGUCUUCCGCGCGUACGGUAAUUGACGAGAAAGUGACGAAGAGAGCGGACGCGCGAUAGGGAGAGAUAGCGCUCGGAGGGCGAGCGCGCGGCGCGGCGCGCAACGGGAGGGAAGACGCGGAGAGCGAGAAAGAGAGAGAAAGACAGAAGGAGGGGGUAGACACACAAGUACAGUACGCACCUCUCUCUUACGUGUUACGUGCGGUCAGUGCGAGAGGCUGCGACGUGCCGCGAGCAUGCGUCUGCGACGAACGGCCCUUAAGGCGAACGAGCAGCACGCUGACUCGCCUUCGUCGCGGUUGUCGCCUUCAUCCUCGUCGUCACCGUCACCGCCUUAAUCACGCGCGCAUCACCCACCAUCGUCGCUGUCAUUAUCGUCAUCGUCAUCGCCAUCACCAUCGUUACCGGUUGUCGUCGUCAUCGUCGUCGUCGCGAAUGUUCCGCUUGUCGGGGAAUCAGGUAGUAUCCACGCGAAAGGAAUCCAAGUGGGACACGGAUGCGUCGUCGUUGCGUAUUAAUCGACGAAAAAGGAGUACUCGGUCCGUCGCGGUAUAGUGUCCGUACUCCGUCGUAAGGAUUCACGUUACGUUUCCCGCUCACACAGCCACGCAGCUCACGCGUGGAGCACGUCAAGUGAAUAUGAAGCUCGCGAUUUCGGCCGCGCGGCCCGCCGCGCGUCGACGCUCUGUGCCCCGACGAGUGUCACGAGCACUGUGCGUAUAUUUUAUGAGUGCCAUUCAAUCAGCCAGUGCGCUCGUCGCGAUGAAUGUAGCCGGCUGUCUAAAAAGAGACUACUCCGUGCGAUUCGCUUGCAAUGUUGACGUGUCGUAACCGCGUGUCUAUUAUUGAUACGAUUGAAAUCAAAAGAUACGAUUACGCGCUCGAGAGAGAAAGAGAGAGACAGAGAGAGAGAGAGAGAGACAAUAUCGGGAGGAGACAUUCGAUCUGUUUUGAUCUUGAGAACACUUGAAAUCAUCGAAGGCACUCGAGAGAUGGAGUCGUGAUCGAAGUCCGCGUACCUUCAACGCCAAAGAUCAUCCACGCGUCUCGCGAUCGAUACGUGUGUGCGUAUCUCGCGUGAUUUCGCAUUGCGUUUUCAGGAUCGUAGGACCAUCUCGAGUCCAUUCGCAUUGCAACGAUUAUACAAAUCGGCAAACUGGACGCGGAAGUUAGCAGUGGUGGCGGCAGUGGCCGCAGGGGUGUCAGUCCGACACCCCUCAGCAGUAUAAACCCGGAUCAUCCAGGAUUACGAGGCACGCCUUUGGCCAUGCUGGCGGCGCAAUGCAACAAACUAAGCAGUAAAAGCCCGCCGCCAUUGGCGGACGCAGCGGUAGGCAAAGGUUUCCACCCUUGGAAGAAGAGCCCACAAAGCAGCGGCAGCUCGCCACAACACACCGGCGGCGGGGGAGGUGGCAGUGGAGGUGGAGGAGGCGGCGGUAGCGGUGGGUGCACAACGACGGGAGUGAGCCAGAGACCGGCGGCGACGAGCAGCGCCGGCAGCACGACCGGUGGUUACGCCAGGGCGCCGGUGACGUCUUGCGCUUCGACCGCACCGCAAUAUGGUAGCGACUUGUAUUUCCCCGGAACGGCGAGCGCCCAACCGGCCGGCGAUCCACAUCAUCAUCAGAGUAGUCUUCUGGGUAAAGUCGAAGGCGCGACUUUGGGCUCAGUGUACGGAAGGCAUCCGUACGAGUCGUGGCCGUUCAAUGCGAUGCCAGGCGCGACGCACGGCGGAAUUAAAACGAGUGACGGUUGGUGGGAUGUACAUGGCGCCGCGACCGCCGGCGGAUGGCUAGACGUAAGCAGUACUGUUGGCGUCGGCGUCCACGCGGCGCAAAUGGCCAAUUACUCGGCCGACUACUCGACGAGCCUAGCGCUGGCCGGUAAUCAUUUGCUAACCACAGCUACGACGGCCGGUCACAAUCUCUUGCAAGACACGUACAAAUCAAUGCUACCGGGUGGGCCGCCCGGAUUCGGGCUCCAUCCCCAGGCGGCCGCCACAGCCGGCGCCGGCGCCGGUGCCGGAAGCCCUCAGGGCAGCGGCGGCGGUGUCGGCGUCGGGGGCGCCGGUGUCAGCCAAGCGCCCUCGCCGCGCUCGCAGAGACGUUACACCGGACGUGCCACCUGCGAUUGUCCGAAUUGUCAAGAAGCCGAGAGACUCGGUCCCGCCGGCGUGCACCUCAGGAAGAAGAACAUCCAUAGCUGCCACAUACCGGGUUGCGGCAAGGUCUACGGGAAAACGUCGCAUCUGAAGGCCCACUUACGGUGGCACACUGCGGCACCUUCGAACCCACACCGGCGAAAACAGAUUCGCCUGCCCGGUCUGCAACAAGCGGUUCAUGCGCAGCGACCAUCUCGCGAAGCACGUCAAGCCCCCCAGCAGCAGCAGCAGCAGCAGCAGCUGGCGGUAGCGGCGGCGGCGGCGGCGGCAGCGGCAGCGGUGGUGGAGGGCCAGGACACCAGCAACACCACCUCUCCUCAGACCACCACCACCACUCUCGGCCAUCAGCCGACAACCCCCAUGACUCCAAUACAGAUGACCCCGCCGCCUCUGACCCCACACCAUCCCCACCACCCGCAUCUCCCGCCUCUAAUGCACCAUCCUCAUCAUCACGCAACCUCCGUCCCGGCGGCCCACCAUCCGCACGCGGGGAUGAGCAUGCACUGAGCCCGGUGGGGCCCGGAGCCCGUGCCUGCAGUACCUC